CAUCCGGCAGUCCCAAUUGAAAGUUUGUUCCCCACCUGAUCGGACGGCCGAAAUCAAUUCCAAUUCUAAUUAAAUUAAAUUAUUUCUAAAUUUAAAAAAAAAAAGUUUCUACUUUCGUUAGCAUUAUUAGCCCGAGCCAAAAGCCAAACAAAUUUUUCGAAAGGUGAAAUCCUAAAAUUUUUAGCACUGUCUGGCGUCUGCAACUUUUCGAAAAGGAAAAUAUCAUGAAAGAAGCGAAACGUUUCGCCGUCUCUGAUUCGGCGCCGGGAACCAACGACACGGCCUUCAGGAAUAAAAGAAUAAUGGCAGGAUCCUCUUUUGAUGUUCAUAGGGCAGAACCAUCUCAACAGCAGUCAACUGCGAUGCCAGUGUUGGAUGUGCACCGGGCUGAAUCUUCUCGACAGCAUGUGAGAGCUCUCAACACUCAAUUUGCCAGCUGGGUGCAAGCUCAACUGAAGAAUCACCCUGAUGAACUUUGGGAAGAUGGGAUUCGAGACUACUUGGCUCAUGCUUCAAACAUUAUGGAGAAGUUCAGUGAUGUCGUGAACUGGCUCAAAGCAAAUGCUUCAAAAGGAGGACCUCCUGCUGAUUCUCUUGCUACUGAAAAGAAGCUAGUGCCUGAAACAAAGAACAAUGAAAGUAAGUUAUUUCUAGGGAAAACUGGUUUGGUUCCACCGACCUCAAAUACAAGCACUAAAAUGUCAUGGAGCUCUGGUGUAUUCUCCAACAAUCAAAGUUCUGGAGGAUUAUUAUCUAAUAGCCAAAGUUCUGGUAUGUUUUCCAACAAUCAAAGCAGUGGCUUCUUUUCCAAUAGUCAAAGCACAGGCUUAUUCACCAAGAACCAGAGUUCUAGUUUCAGUCAAAGCACUGGCUCAUUCUCGAAGAGUGAGCUUUCUGGAUUAUUCUCUAACAGUCAGACUUCAGCAGCAUCUUCUCCUAAUCAAAGUUCUGGAUUGUCCUCCAACAGUCAAAACACCGCCUUAUUCUCCAAGAGCCAUAAUACUGGAUUGUUCUCCAAUAGUCAGAACUCCAUAGUUUCUUCUGUUAACCAAAGUUCUGGGUUGUUCUCUAAUAGUCAGAGCGCUGGAGUUGCUUUUACUAAUCAAAGCUCUGGUUUGUUCCCCAACAGUCAGAGCUCUGGAGUUUCUUCGGCUAAUCAAAGCUCUGGAAUGGUUUCCAGCAACCAAAGUGCACCUGUGUUUUUCAAAACUCCAACCCCUUUUGUUUUUGGCCAAAACUCUGCUUCUGCAAAUCAUAACACUUCAGACGAUGUCGAUGAUGAAAAUGAACCAGAGCAACCUGGCAGCCCAUCAAUCAAGAAGUCUGAAGAGAAGGGUAUUGUUGUAGUCCAUGAAGUCAAGUGCAAGCUGUAUGUUAAGUCAAGUGAUCCUGCGGAUAAAGAUACAUGGAAAGACAAAGGUACAGGCCAGCUUUCUAUCAAAUGCAAAGAGGAUGCCACCAAGGGUACAAAAGAAUCAAAACCAACAAUAAUUGUUCGAAAUGAUGCAGGAAGAGUGUUACUAAAUGCUUUGCUAUAUCCAGGAAUCAAGACAAAUUCACAAAAAAAUUCCAUCGUUGCGAUAUUUCAUACUGCGGGAGAUGAUGGUGGCAAUAAUGAUAAUGUCGUGGCACGAACCUUCUUGAUUAGGAUGAAAACAGAGGAGGAUCGGAGUAAGUUAGCAACAGCAAUACAAGAGUAUGCUCCUGCUCAUGAAAGUAAAUGUACUAUGUAAUUCUUAAAUUUUGCAGUGAUCAGCUUGUUAGGAACUAGGCUACAAGAGGAGCCAAAAAUAACUGGGUCAAUUUUCAUGAUUUGGACCCUGUGAAUCAGUUGUAUUUAAAUUACAUGUACCAUGAGAAGGGAAAAAAAUGUUGACGUCUUUACUCCAAUCUUAAAAUAACUCAUGUUUUCACGUGCAA